AUGCAGGCAAUCAAGUGCGUUGUUGUAGGUGAUGGAGCUGUCGGUAAAACAUGUUUACUAAUUUCCUAUACAACUAAUGCCUUUCCUGGUGAAUACAUUCCAACUGUCUUUGAUAAUUAUUCUGCCAAUGUCAUGGUUGAUGGUAAACCAAUUAAUCUUGGAUUAUGGGAUACUGCCGGUCAGGAGGAUUAUGAUAGACUACGUCCUCUAAGUUAUCCACAGACAGAUGCCUUUUUGUUAUGCUUUAGUCUUGUUAACCCUGCUUCUUUUGAAAAUGUGCGCGCAAAGUGGUAUCCUGAGGUAUCCCACCAUUGUCCUGAUACUCCGAUAAUUCUUGUUGGUACAAAACUUGAUUUAAGAGAUGAUCGUGACACUAUUGAAAAAUUACGUGAAAGAAGACUAGCACCCAUCUCACAACAACAAGGAAUUAAGAUGGCACAAGAAAUUAAAGCUGUUCGAUAUUUGGAAUGUUCAGCUUUGACACAGGUUGGCUUGAAAGCAGUAUUUGAUGAAGCUAUUAUGGCUGUUCUUCGUCCUCCUAAGAAAAAGAAGAAGCGUUCAUGUGAUAUACUAUAA